AUGCGUAUCAAUAACUGCGUCAGUUCAGUUUGUUAUUGUUUGUGUCCGGCCAGCUUCCUCUCUUUUGUAAGAGAGUGGACUAAAACCUGAAUUAAAUUAGACUGUCCCAUCAGAAACUCGCUAAGGACAUGAAUUCAGCUUCCAAGGUCGGCGAAAUCUUCGCAGCAGCCGGUUCUGCGUUCAACAAACUGGGCGAACUGACCAUGCAGCUGCACGCUUCGACGGACUCGGCAGCCGGGAAGUGGACUGAACAGGAGAUAGAAAUGUUGAGGGAAUCGCUGCAAAGGUUCAGCGGAGACCUCAAUGCUAUUUCGGAAAUCAUCAAAGCCAGGACAGUGAACCAAAUCCGAGCGACACUUAAGAAAAAGGCCUUUGAGGACGCAGGGAUUCCGGUGCGGACGUCAGUGCAGCAGACGAACCAGACGCCGACGACACCCACCUCCAUGCUGGCCAGCAGAGACGUUAAUAAGCCUUCAGCAGAAGUCACCUUGAAUGCUUUGAACGCUACAGUCGAAUCCGAAGUGGACGUCGAGGGCCUGAACGAGGACAAACUGGAAUUUGUUGCAACUGAGGAAGUCACAUCCUGAGUUAUGCUUUUUGAUUAAAUUAUUUUUCUAUAAAAGACCUUUGGCGUCACGAAUCAGUGUGUAUAGAUAAUUUAAGAGGAAUUUUAAGCUUCAACAAGUGAAUGAAUCUGGACACCACUCUUAAAUUCUAUUAGGAAUGUUAAAUUGUAUUGCUACAAGAAAAACUUUACAGGCCCUGUGGUGCCUGACACUCACAUGCAAUGCGCCAUUCCAUUCAAAUCUGCUCUUUGCCUUUAGUGCAAACAUCAUUGUAGAAAUUUCUAAUAUUUUUUAAUGUUGAUUAUACGUAGUAUGGUGCAGAAUCGUGAAAAAUAAACUGAAAUAAGAAAAUGUAAUACAAA